CAAGUCAAACUGUCGUGAUUAGGGUUCUAGGAGAAUUUUGUGGUAUUUGAAGAGUCAUUUCGUGUUUGUUUCAAAAAGAACUAGUUACUGGUGUUGUUUUGUUGUUUCUAUUGCAGAAAGGAUGGCUGAAACCAAUGAGGAAGAGAGUAGCUACAAUCGGAACAACAAACUUUUGACUGAAGCUAUGAAGAAAAUGAUGAACACCGAAUUGGAAGCUUUUCGCCAAGAGUUUCAUCAGAAUUUAAGAUCUCCAAGGAGAAGCCAAGAGAGGCAUGAGCAAAUCACAUAUCAAAAAGAGGCAAAACCAAGGAGACCCCAGGAGAAACCUAAUUGGAGAAGCAGAUCAACCCAAGAUCAAGCAAAUAGUUACUACUACAAUCGUGGUGAUCAAAGACGUGUUGAGAAAGCUACCCCGCAACAUAAUGAUGUGAAAAAUUUAAGGCCGUGAAGAAAAGCCAAAAGGAAAGUCUAGCCUUAGCAAAAGAACAGUUCGAGGAUGAACUUCUGAAGAUUCUCAACGCUUACAAUAAACCCAAGAAAGCUAAGUCAACAUCUCAACCAAAGAUGGUCACUGACGAAGUUGUAGUUCACAAGCAAAACCAAAAGGAAAGUCUAGCCUUAGCUAAAGAACAGUUCGAGGAUGAGCUUCUGAAGAUUUUCAACGCUUACAACAAACCUAAGAAAGCUAAGUGUGUUCUUCCUUCUAAUUCAGAAAAAGCUAAGUUUGCUCUUCCUUCUAAAUUUGUGAAAGAUACGUGUGAUCUUUCUGAGAAACCUGAUUUUGUGCUUGAAAAUGAUCAACCUUGUGACAAACUAAUCCUUUCCAAGCCGGUGCAACCGAGUAGUACUUUUUGUUUUUCACAGGUUAUGGAAGAAGAAUCUCAGGUAGAAGUUCAAAGGAGUUUGCCAUCGGUUGUUACUAAUUUGGAGCAGCAAACUAUCUUUGUUCCUGAACCAAUCCUUGAGUCAAAUGAGCAUUAUCAAAAGCACUGUAAGGAAGUUGAUUUGGUUACAAAAAAGCUUAAUGUGUUUGUUUUGAUUUCUGCUCAAGAUGAAAAACAAUUUGGUUUGGAAAAUGUGAAAGAAUUUCGUGUUUCAAAAUCUGUUUUUGACAAAAUGAUUCCAAUUUUUGAUACACUCACACUUGAAAAGCUCUUUAAGCCAAGAUGUUUUCUGUUUGAUGAGUUUCGUGAAUUUAACUCGUCUUUGAGAAUUUCUUUGUGUAGCAAAGCAUUUGAGCUGUUUAGAAUAAAAACCGAAAAUGCAUUGGUUAAAACUUUUUAUGAGUUGCAAGAAUCAAAUUCGUUCAAUGAGCUUUGCAAACCAACCUUGAAGGAUUGUGUUUUUGGAUUCUCUAUUUCAAGUAUAAUGCAUUUGUUCUGA